CGUCUAUACUGUUACAUGUCGAUAGGCACAUAAGCAUGCAAUUCAACCAGGACCCAAUUGCCAGAGGUCUUGCGAAUGGAAACCCUGAGGAUGGUGUAUGGGGCUUAGUUGUGGUGGCUCUUAAUCCGUUCCCAGAAGUGGCGAGGGAGCCGUACGAGGCUUUUGCGCGACAGAUCAAUGAUAUAGACAAGAACAAUGCUGUGUACGUCUAUCCCUUUUCAGCUCUACACUGUACCGUGGCGACGAUAACUGCUUUUCAUCCGACUGUCGGCUAUUUGUCGUCGGGCGCUGUCAAUGAAAACAACAAGGAGGAGGUUAUUCAGAAGCGAAAUGAUCUCAUGCACGCUUCUCGGGUGAUUUUUGAUCGCGUAAUGGAACCGCUAAAGACUGAAACCAAACACGACACCUACAAGUACACUUUCGGGAAACCCACCAUCUCGCCGAAUGCCGGUAUUAUGUUCCUCGCAGACGAAUCCGCGGAUGAAAUUACUUUGGUAAGGAAACGGCUGGCAGUGGAAUUCGGCAUCGCGGAGGGCAGUACGAUGGCACCCGAGCUGCAGGAAUGUGACUAUCCGACAGAUAAUUAUAUACAGCCAAAUAUCAAACACACCAGUUUCUUGCGAUAUGUUGGUGACCCAGACGCCGAAUUCGAGGCCAAUUUCAAACGACUGGCGGACAAGCAUUGGCACGACGUUACCUGGACAUGUGAUCAAGCUAUGACUUUCACUUUGGCAAAUGAGUUAGUCCCAUACAUGCACAUCUCUGAUGUACACAGGCUGCACAGGCGACAGUUCGGGACAUAGUGAGAUUGUAUAGUUAAUUAUUUUUCACGCAGUAAACGGAGUAACGUGGUACUGCGCCAAGGAUACAUAAGUAUUUGGAUGUAAUUUAUUAGGUCAUCGAUAUUUUUCUGCAACGAAGGUACAUCAAAUAGUUUCAGAUAUGGUGGGCGAACAUAAACGCCUGAAUCCAACUCCAAUCGAUGCCUAUGUGUAU